CUCCUGGUCGGCCAUUUUGACUGGAGAAAUAAUGUCAAAAUCUUUUUCUGCUCACGGUUUAAAGCUGUGAAGGGCCAGUGCUGAAGCAGGGCUGCGGAAGGAGGGGGACAUCGGGGGGUCUAUGGAUGCAGGACGAUGCAUCUCCAAUCAAACAUCACAUUUCUCCUCUGACAGCCUACAGAACAGCUCUGAUCACAGAUCGCUGCUCGUCUGACACCUCCCAGUGUUACUGGUGCCUGUGUUGUAAUGUGAAGCAGCCUUGCGGAUGGAUGGGUUAUAUGACCACUGACCACUAGUCUAGUAAACCAAUGUGUGUAAACUGGUCUCUGCAUCCCAACUAAGGACACACACCAUCUGACUGAAGGCUCUCUCUCUCUCUCUCUCUUUGUGUCUGUAAGCUGCAGUCAUGUUCUGGAAGUUCGACCUGCACAACUCCUCUCAGAUUGAGAAGCUCUUGGAGAAGGAGGACGUGACCCUACAGGAGCUGCUGGAUGAAGAAGAUGUGCUGCAAGAGUGCAAGGCCCAGAAUCAGCGCCUCCUCCUCUUCCUCACUCGGGACAGCAGCAUGCUGGAGCUCCUCAACCUCAUCACGCACGAGCCCCCUGCUGACCGGGAGGAGAAGCUGCGCUACAAGUAUGCUAAUGUAGCAUGUGAGUUGCUGACAUGCGAUAUGUCCCUCAUCAAUGAUAAAGUUGGUGGAGACGAGUCUCUGAUGAACACACUCUAUAGUUUCCUAGAGCAGAAGUCAGCGCUGAAUCCUCUACUGGCUUCCUUCUUCAGUAAGGCCUUCGGCAACCUCAUCACCCGCAAGACAGAGCAGGUGAUUGGUUUCCUAAAGAACAAGGAGGAUUUCGUAGGGCAGGUGUUGAAACACUUGGACACGUCGGCCAUGAUGGAUCUGGUGCUGCGUCUCAUUAGCAGCGUGGAGCCGGUCUGUCUCAGACAGGAAGUGCUUACUUGGCUGAAUGAAGAGAGGCUGAUCCAGAGACUCGUUGAGCUGAUACACCCUCACAGCGACAGUGAGACGCAGUCGAACGCAUCUCAGACGCUGUGUGACAUCAUCCGUCUGAGCAGAGAUCAGGCCAGUCUGCUGCAGGAGACGUCAGAGACCGACCCUCUGCUCACAACACUAGAGCUACAGCAGAAUGUCGAGGCACUAUUGAAGAACAUGUUCGAAGGGGAAAAGAGUGAAGUGUGCAUUGUCAAUGGAACUCAAGUUUUACUCACACUGUUGGAAACUCGUAGACCAGGUGUUGAGCAGGUGAUUGACCCGUGCUCUCAGGGAUUGGAAAAGUCUUACACUGUAAACAACAGCAUUUUAAUGGGCAUCCAACCACAUCUAAAGCACUUCCACCACCUUCUGUUAAACCCACCCAAGAAAUGUGUGAUGUUGACCACGAUGGGCGUUCUGGAGGAGCCGUUUGGCAACGCGCGACUGCAUGCAUCCAGACUGAUGGCUGCUCUUCUGUACACCAGAGCUCCCAGAAUCCACCUCGAGCUCUGCCAACUGAACAUGAUCAACCUGCUGCUGGAUUUGUUUUUCAAAUUCUCCUGGAAUAACUUCCUACACAUCCAAGUAGAGCAUUGUGUCUCUGCCAUCCUUAACCAGACGACACCUAUCGGGAAAACACACGACAGUUCAGAUCAGAUUCAGCUGGAAACACAAGACACACAAAACUCAGACAAAUCUGACAUGUUCACAUGCUGUGACAUGAUGAAGCAUCUGCUGAAGGACUGCAGGCUGGUUCAGAGGAUUUUGGAUGCUUGGGAGGAAAAUGACAAAACACAGGAAGCUGGAGGCAUGAGAAAAGGCUAUAUGGGUCAUAUGACCAGGAUUGCAAACACAGUGGUGCAGAAUGCAGAGAGAGAACAGGAACAGACCCAAAUCGCACGGCUAAUAAAAGAGCUACCAGAGGACUAUAAAGAACGCUGGGAGCAGUUUGUGAAUGAAACGCUAACAGAAACUAACAAGAAGAACACAGCAGACCUGGUGAGAUUUCCCACAAAGACAAUCGUAGGGAGUAUUUUUACAUCAAAAAUUACAAUCUGCAAAUCACCUUUAAUAAGCAUCUUGCUCUUAACGCAGGUGUUCUCAGAUUAUCAGAUCCAGCAAAUGACGGCGAACUUUGUUGAUCAGUUUGGACUGAAUGACGAUGAAUUCGGAGACCAUGACGGCAGCAUCAGCGCCACGUUCGAUCGAAUCACAGAGAUCAAAUUUAACCUGGUUGAUGAGGGGGCGAGCUCUGCCAUCUUUGAGACUCGCACAAAAGAGCGAAUCCGGCCAUUUGAUGAUGCUGAGGAGGAGGAAGACAUUUGGGAGGAUAAAGAAAUCAACUAUGCAACACAAGUGAAAGCCAGAAGCAGGUUUGGACUGGUGACAAACGCUCAGAAGAGCGAGGUGGAUGGUGGCUCUCGCAGACGUCUGGAGUCACCUGACAUGGAGUGGUUUCCAGAGACCAAACAAACUCAAGAAAAUACCAAGAACCAGGAAAUGGACAAGCAGUCCAGCGAUCCACAAAGUCCUGGAUGGAUAGCGAGUUUUGAAGACGACUUCAGCUGUCGGGAUUUCACGAGUAUCGUGAUGGAUACGGGCUCCAGUGUGUGGGGGAGCUCUACCGCCCAGCUCAGUGAGACGGAGGAGAAAGGAUGGGCGACUUUCACAGACUUCCAGCCCUUCUGCUGUUCAGAUGCAGGACCCAGAUGCAGUUCACCUGUGGACUCGGAAAAUCCAAACAAACCAAGCCAAAAUGAAGAAAUUAAAAGCUCGUCAGCGUGUGUGUGGAAUGUGUGUGGGGCGAGGAAGGCUCCGCUGGUGGCGUCUGACAGCAGCUCCAGUGAGUCAGACAGUGAGGAAGAGGAGGACCGAACCAACAUCACAGAGAGUGUCGCCACAGCCAAUGCCAAGGACAACGUUAAACUCCGUGUAGAUGCAAAAAAUGAGAAGGCAGUCUUCAUCAGUGACACUAAUGCCAGAGCAACAGGUGGCAUGGCAACAGAUGUCAUAGCAACAGGAAGCAUCCCUGGUACUCAGUCACCCAAGGAGCAGAAGGUGACUCCAGUAGUAACGGCCCAAUGUAACAGCGUUUCACCCGCCGCUCGCCUCCAUCCCCAUGACAGCUGUUACUCCACCCAUCAAAUGUUAAAGGCCGUGGCUUCCUGUUUUCAAACACGUUUCCUUUCCCUCUGGCCGUUUUCGUCGGUCUGCCGUAUAGUUAUAUGGGUGUUUUUGGUUUGAGCAUAAGCGGUACUCUAGUUGAUCUCGGUCUUCACUAAUGAAGACAUCUUCACU